AUGAUACCCACCUUGAACAGAUUAAAGAGAAUGACUCAAGGUAGACAAUCCAUCACAGCUAUCGUAGCUGCUACUACUUCUAAUGGUAUAGGAUUGAAUGGUGGAUUACCAUGGAGGUUACCAGGAGAGAUGAAAUAUUUCGCUAGGGUCACGACUGGUGAAUCAUCAUCAUCAUCAUCACCAUCAAAAGUGAAUCCUGACGACCAAAAUGUGGUGAUAAUGGGAAGGAAGACAUGGGAAUCUAUUCCAAGUAAAUUCAGACCGUUAAAAGACCGUAAAAAUCUUGUCAUUUCAAGACAAGGUAUUGAUGUAUCCGGUUCAGUGAACACUUCGUCCUAUUCAUCCGUCACUUCAGCCUUAUCUUCUAUCCCCUCCUCCUCAUCAGCAUCAUCAUUAUCUAGGUUAUUCCUAAUCGGUGGAUCCCAAUUAUACACGUCUUCAUUGACCUCGGAUCCACCUUUAGUAGACAGAGUCCUAUUGACAAGAAUAAUAGAACCGGAAUUCCAAUGCGAUACCUUCCUGGAAGAUUUCACUUCGCAUGCAAGCCCACAAAACGGAAAUAAGGUAUGGAGAAAGACUAGUCACGAGGAAAUGAAAGAAUGGGUGGGAUGGGAUGUAGAUGAGAAACAUGAGGAAAAGGGUACAAAAUACAAAUUCGAAAUGUGGGUGUUGAAUGAUCAGUAG